UUACUUUGGAAGGGAUUGUUCCUCUGUGUGCGGUUUGUGUCACAACGAUGAUCUGUGCAAUCCCUACACGGGAACUUGUGACGAUUUCCAUUUGUGCAGUGUUCAGAGUGCACCUACAGCCUGUGAGAGAGCUAUGAAAAGUUUGUGGUGCCCCCGUUUUUCUGGUUGGUCGUAUUGGAGUGGCAACUGUUACUACUUCAGCACAGAGGCCCCUGCCAGCUGGCUUCAAGCAAGGGAGAAGUGUAGAAGAUACAGAAGUGCAGAUCUGCUAUGGAUUGAGAGCCCAGAAGAAAUGAAUUGGUUGUUCUCGGCGAUUCCAUCUGAAACCUUUUGGAUUGGAUUGAAUAGCAGGCAGCAAGAGUCUAUAUGGAUUUGGUCAAAUGGGAAGUCAGCUGCUAAAGAACUUGAUUGGUUAUCCAUGAUUGGAAAUCCAUCUAGAAGAUGUGCAGGCAUCCAGCCAGCACCCAGAAGUAUUUUAAAGUUUAACUGUGAAAAUAAGUACAGAUGGCUUUGUAAGAAAGCUGAAUCUCCACACAUUUUUGAUGUGUUUCUUAGUCGGUACCUGUCAAGACCAUUUUCAUCACAGAAGAUAUACAACUCCCUCCAUAGUGCUAAGAUAGACUGCUUAUAUGACAGGAACUGCACAGGAGUAGUAAAAGUCUCACAGUACUUCAGAAGAAUGGCAGGAAUUGAUGAAAUCCACUUUGCUCCUUUUACUGCUCCCUCGAGUGCUAUUUCGUAUGUAAAACGUGAAUGUUCUUUGGGAUACUAUGGAGAAAACUGUGCAAGAGUUUGUCCGCUGUGUCCUGGAAACUUCAGAUGCAAUUCAAUAACUGGCAAAUGCCCAGAAAAGUUAAUGUGUGUGGACAAAUUUAAAGGUGAAAUUUGUGAAUCAGGACUCACCAGUUUAAAGUGCCCUCAAGACCCCACAUGGUGGUAUUGGAAUGGAAACUGUUAUUACCUAGAAAGGAAAGAGACUAUGCGGUGGGAGCAGGCUCUGGGCCAAUGUGCAUUGUAUAAGCAUGCUAGUCUUCUCCAAAUAGAUAGUGCAGAAGAAAAGAUGUGGGUGGCUUCCAUGCUGGAGAGUGGCACCUGGAUUGGUUUGUCAAAGCAGCAGUCUAGUGCCUGGCAAUGGACUAGUGGACACGGUGCUAAUCUUGCACUUAGCUGGCUUUCAGACAUUAAAAGGGGUCAAAGUGGUUGUGCUCAGAUGAAGAAAGGAGGAGAACUUAUGGCUACUGGUUGCUCCACACGCCUGCACUGGGUCUGUGAAAAACAAGCAGACCUUGAUAUUUUCCUUGAGUAUCCUGGAAGAAUACUGCUUUCUCUGGUGGCAAUGGCUCAAUACAGUACCCUAACUGAAGCAAAAUUCUACUGCAUGAUCAAAGCUCAUUGUACAGGAAUAAGUAGUUGGCCAUCCAAAUUUUAUCUUGUCUCAGGAAGUGAAAUGGUGUCAGCUCCCGGUAGAUGUAUAGUUUACUUGAAAACAAGCUGUGUUUCUGGGCGGUACGGAUCUGGAUGCAGGAAAGCCUGCCCCCGCUGCACUAGCAUCCUGCCUUGUAACAGUUUGACUGGCUUCUGUGAUGAGAAAACAAUGUGUCUGUUGCCAUUCACUCUAGCAAGCUGUGUGGCAACCACAAUCAGUAUACAAUGUCCAGAUGAGGCCGGGUGGCGCUACUGGAACAGGUACUGUUACUAUAUUUCACGCGCUAAAGCGAAAUCCUGGAUGGAUGCCAAUUCCACCUGCAGUCGAUACAGAGGUGCUGAACUUGUUUGGUUUGAAAGCCCGGAAGAACUGAGUUGGAUUAAAUCAUCUCUGAAUGGACCCACAUGGACAGGGUUGCAAGAUAUAAACCAAGAUGGCACCUGGACCUGGGCACAUGAAGAUAAUGCAUCUAGUGUAUUGGAAUGGCUAACUUUUAGAAAGAGAAGCAGUUGGCUGAGAUGUAUUGAAAUGCUAGCUGGCAAACCUGUUGCUGCGGCAAGCUGUAGGAGAGCCAAGAAAUGGGUGUGCAAGAAGCCAGCAGAACCAGAUCUUGAUUUGUUCAUAAGCAUCUGGGAUGCAGUGAUGAUCUUGCCAACUCCGGCAGUAUUAGCUAAAUAUACUAACCACACAUUGGCCAGACAAAUCUGUGUAAUGCAGAGGUCCAGAUGCGUUGGCUACAUGUUAUGGCAAGACAGUUAUUUCCUAAUACAUGACUCUGAAUUAGUUAUCAGUGGAUUUGCACAAAGCGCAACAUACUUAAAAUCAGCUUGUGAUUUUGGAUACUACGGACCAUCUUGUGAAAAGGAAUGCCCAGACUGCUACUGGGACAAGCCAUGCAAUAGCAUAUCCGGAAAGUGUGAGGACACUGCAGUUUGUGCUGAGCCAGAGGAUGUAGGUGUCUGUAAUUUAGGCAAGUACAGCUUGAAAUGUCCUCUUGGGCCUGGCUGGUGGUACUGGAAUGGACGUUGUUACUUUAUAGAAAGGAAUAGAACUCUGAGUUGGAUGGAAGCCAGGCUGUUUUGCAGCCAUUUUAAAAGAACAAGUCUGUUGCAGCUGGAAUUGUCGGCUGAAAAGGGCUGGCUACAAAAGAUGAUAAAACAGCCAGCGUGGAUAGGAAUGAAAUGGGAAACAUCGGCAUCUGAGUGGCAGUGGGCAGAUGGAUCAAGAGUAAACACAGCUCUGAACUGGUUAAACGUACGUAGGGAUGCAACUGAAAACUGUGCGUUUCUUCAGCAUAAUAAAGUAGCUUUAGAAGCAGCUAGUUGCCUUUUAAAAUAUAAUUUUGUGUGUAAAAGAAAUGAAGCUGAAGACAUGUUUCAGUUUUAUGCAGGCCACAUAAUAACACAAAGACAGAAUGUGUUGCCAAAAGUAUAUUCUUCUCUCGAAUCUGCUGAAAAUGCAUGCCUGUAUGAGAAAACACAUUGUACUGGAGUAGUCCAUUCACAGAAACGGUAUCAUUUGGUUAGUGGAACAGAGGUAUUUAGAAGCUCUAAUAAAGCUGACGCAUUAUAUCUUAAAACUGGUAAGUAUUUAGAUAUAUUUCUAGCUAUACUUCAGACUUCGUUAGUACCUCUUACCUUAUUAUAUCAGACUACCUUACAACAAUCAAUUAACUAAAAUACAAAUUAAACUGUGUGUGUCCUCUUUAAAAGGAUAUUUCUUGCGUUUGGUCUCCUAUUACUUUUGUUGUCCAUCAAAAAUACCCUUCAUAAUGACAGCUACACUCCUCCAGAAAGAGAGAGCUGGUUUACUUUUUAAGGACACACUCUUACUUCAUUAGUCAGAUCUUCAGGUACACUUGAACUUUGCCAGCCAUGUGAAGGGAGGGGUUACAUGUGGCUCUUACUAUAUUUUUGCCCGGCAGUGCUGGGGCAU